UGAUCAACCAUUGUACGACUGCCCUAUGUGUGGGCUCACCUGUACAAAUUACCAUAUUCUCCAGGAACAUGUUGACUUGCAUUUGGAAGAAAGCAGCUUUAGACAAGGCAUGGAUAGAGUCCAAUGUUCUAGAGACCUAGAAUUGGCUCACCACCUUCAAGAAGAAGAAGACAGAAAGAGAUCUGAAGAAUCAAGACAAGAAAGGGAAGAAUUUCAGAAGCUGCAGCGACAAUAUGGUUUAGAUAAUUCUGGAGGGUACAAACAGCAGCUACUACGAAGUUUGGAGAGAGAAGUAAAUAGUGGAAGAAUGCAUCCAUCUGAAUUUCACAGAAGAAAAGCUGAUAUGAUGGAAUCACUAGCUAUUGGUAUUGAUGAUGGGAAAACAAAAACUUCUGGGAUUAUUGAAGCGCUUUACCGGUACUACCAGAAUGCUGCCACAGAUGUCAGGCGUGUGUGGCUUUCUGCCGCAGUGGAUCACUUUCAUUCCUCUUUUGGUGACAAAGGUUGGGGUUGUGGUUACAGAAAUUUCCAAAUGCUACUGUCAUCAUUAUUACAAAAUGAUACUUACGAUGAUUGCUUGAAAGGUAUGUCGGUUCCUUGUAUUCCAAAAAUUCAGUCUAUGAUUGAAGAUGCGUGGAGGGAAGGUUUUGAUCCUCAGGGUGCCUCUCAACUUAAUGACAGGCUACAGGGAACAAAGGCCUGGAUUGGAGCAUGUGAAAUAUAUACACUUCUGACCUCCCUAAGGGUAAAGUGCCGUAUUGUGGAUUUUCACAAGUCAACUGGUCCUUUGGGUACGCACCCUCGCCUGUUUGAAUGGAUACUGAACUAUUAUUCUACAGAGAGGGAAGGGGGUCCAAAAGCAGUGUGUACAUCUAAGCCCCCUAUCUAUCUGCAACAUCAAGGUCAUAGUCGAACAGUUGUUGGAAUUGAAGAGAGAAAAAACCAAACGUUAUGUUUACUAGUAUUUGAUCCUGGAUGUCCUUCUCGAGAAAUGCAGAAACUAUUAAAGCAAGACAUGGAGGCCAACAGUCUCAAGCAACUUCGGAAAUUUGUGGGAAAUUUAAAGCAUAAACAGUACCAGAUAGUGGCAGUAGAGGGCGUUCUUACUGCAGAGGAGAAAAUUGCCAGGAGACAAGCAUCUCAAGUGUUUACAGCCGAGAAGAUUCCUUGAAGAAUUAAGCAUUUCAGUGAGUGUGGAACUUCAUGCCCCAAAUUCAGAUAUUAAAUUCCUUAAUG